AUGGGUGUGCCCGGUUCCGGAGGUUCCGGCCCGGGAAGGUCUGGCUCGGAUGAGGCGGGACGACCCGGCUUUGGGUACCCUGUGUAAAAACGUCACCACCCCAGAGUUAUCAUGCAGAUUUGCAAUGACAAGAACUGAACAUUUGUGAUGCGCACCCCCAUGUCAACAUGACUACAGGCAUUUUCAAUCGUGUUUGGGAAUUUGUAUAUGCUCUAAACGGAUAAGCAGAUGGAUUUGUAAUGCGGCUGUCCUUGCUACCUUGCACUACCUUACGGACUGCAACCUGUCAUGCGUGAUUCCCAUAACUCCUAGGUUUGUGUUGCAAAGUCCCCAUCUUGACUCUGGGGUGGGGACGUUUUUACUCAGGAUAUUGGGGCGCGUGUCGCCAAGGCUGUGCUGCUUUGCGUGUACAUCUUCCUUGGCGUAUCAACUAGAAAAAUUCCCCCACCCCAUAUCGAAAACGAAAUUUGUGAUGGUCUAUUUGAGUACACAAAUCGACUUGUAAUGCUAGAAGGCCAAGAGCCGCAGUUAUGGCCUCGUUUGCAGGCAAUUUGUCAUGCUGUUUCCCACUUCCAGUUGCUUCCUGUCAUGCUGAAGAUGCAAGGAUAUGGGGAGGGGGGAUUUUUCUUCUUGAUAUGGCGCGUCUAUGAUGUUGUCCGUGGAGAUCACGAAGAGCGUAUGCGUUGCAAAUAUGCCUGGGUCUGGAAGAGGGUCACUUGUCAUGCUACAUCUGGAUCGUGGAAAAAUUUGUGUUGCAUCAUUGCCAAAAGAGGUCCACUUUUGAACAAGUUUACAGGCAGUUUCUCAUGCAGAAAAGGCAUGAAAAAGAUCUCACAGAACCUAUCAUGCCAGGCCGUGCAUGCCAGUCCGCGUGGGUCAUGGAAAACCUGCAUGACAAACCUGGCAAUCUUCCAGACCCAAACAUUUUUGCAUUUGAUAGAGCGCGAAAACCAACAAAAUUGAAUACAGCACGCAACAGGCCGUCCUUAUGAACUGCAAAAGUAUCGUACUCGUACUAGACCACUACGCCGGCGUCCAGGACGCCGGCGAUAGGUGGCCUAGUAAAUCUAAACGCAACUACCAAGCAAACUAACAACAAAGAGGAGAAAACUUGGAGAGCGUUGGGCUGAAGACUAGUCGGAAGAAGCCUGCUCUUGGGAAUCUGCUAGCGGAAACGCGGCCACUAUUCGAAGCCCUUCGGGCCGCGGUUUUAGCAUGACAAAACGGGCCCGCACUUGCUACUGAAGCCUUUCACUAGUAGAGGCCCACAUUAGUAGACGCGCGCGCCUUCGCUUGCGGGGCUUCUUCCUAACAAGCUCGCCCCCGCCCGACCCGGCCGUCGGCCUUGGCCUUGGCCUAAUCCCCCGCUUUUGGGCUGCCCGCCUGAUCUCUAGAGGAGGCCUCUCCCCAGAUCUCUCCCCAGAUCUCUCCCCAGAUAUCUCCCCAGAUAUCUCCCCAGAUAUCUCCCCAGAUAUAUCCCCAGAUAUAUCCCCAGAUAUAUCCCCAGAUAUAUCCCCAGAUAUAUCCCCAGAUAUAUCCCCAGAUAUAUCCCCAGAUAUAUCCCCAGAGCGUUGUGAGUGCCCUUGCCCUUUUGGCGGGAAAGGCCGCCCUUUUCGUUUUGCAUGCGUGCCGAGUUUCAUCGCCCCCCCCUACCCCCCCAAAUGGGGCCGGUGUUUGGGUGUAGCCGGAAUAGGCCUGCCAAAAACCGGCCGGACCGCCCGCAGGGAGGACACACCUGCAGGAUUUUUGUUCCCCGCGAUGCCAUUUUUUUCUUACGCGUGUUCACUUAGAAGCUUCCCUUAGGGGCUCCCUUAAGGAAAGUUUCUAGAUGCCCUUUUUUCUAGAAUUCUUUUUCUAAGGGCGCCCCUAUAAUCUAUAAGGGCUAAAAAUCCGAGUAAAAAUUCUAUAGUUCUAUUUUAUAAAUGCAUUACAAAUUUCCUCAGCAUGAGAAAUAAAAUUGGUAAUGCUGAUUUGCCUUCAGAAAAAAAUUUGUGAUGCAAGACUUGCAUUUAUACGAGUGCGAUGCUUUUGCAUUGGAUAGUCCUGGCGAUCGAGGCACUGAAACUCGCAAUUUGCUACCUACUCAUUCACUAUCAAAUGCAAAGCUGUCUGGGUCUGGAAGGUUGAACCUGUAUUGCAUGUUUCGCAAUUCUAAAAAACCUGUAUUGCAUAAGCAGCAAAUAAAGCGCCACAUUUUCGUGAUGUUACAAAAGCGCAGUUUGUCAUGCGUUCUGCGCAUGAGAAUAAAGCGUUUGAAACAUUUGUCAUGCUGCGCUGCACUUACGGGCGCAGUCAAUCAUGACCAUUCAGCAUUACAAGUGUCCAGACAUCCAGGGAUAUUUGCAAUCCAUAUUCACUUCGGGCCCGCAAUCCUCCACAGUUUCGACGCCGACGGAGGGUCGUCUACUUACGAGUUCGACAAGGAUCAAACUUCGUGGCGAAACUGGUUUCGAUACGGCGGCCCUGCCUUGUGUUACGUAUCAAAUGCAAAAAUGUCUGGGUCUGGAAGAUUCCGAGAUUUGUCAUGCAGUUUUUCCAAGCUCCCCCACGUCUGGAAUGCAGGGCCUAGCAUCACAGGUUCUGCAGCUCCUUGGUGAUGCGUAUUCUGCAUGAGAAAUGCCCUCUCAGCAUGGCCAGAAGUAGGGACCUUUUGCACGUUAUGCAUCACAGAUCUCUGUGGGAUCCGAAACACGCAUCACAAGUUCGGAUCCUUCCAGACCCAGACAUUUUUACAUUUGAUAUUACGCACUGCAGAACAACGUGAACAUCUACGCCAUUUCCCUGCUCGGCGCGCACGUUUUUUCUCUUUUGUGCUAUGGAUCGCAAAAAUGUCCGCGUCUGGAAGAUUGCAGCUUGUAAUGCUGUCUUUGGAUUCCAAAAAAAUCUGUAUUGCAUGAGCAGCAACUGGACUCCAGUUUGUGUUACGCGGAGAGGGCAUUUCCCAUGCGGAAUAGGCAUUAGGGAGCCCUCUAAAAAUCUGCGUUGCUAGAUCAUGCAUUAGAGGCAUCAAUGAUCAUACAAAAUAUGCAUGACAAGUCUGCAUUCUUCCAGACCCAGACACUUUUGCAUUUGAUCUGUGCAACGGCAAGCUGAUGUUUUCCGCCGUGUUUGCAAGGGUUAUCAAAUGUAAAAAUGUCUGGGUCUGGAAGGAUGCAAGGUUUGUCAUGCAGGUUUUCCGUGACCCAUGAGGUCUGGAAUGCGAGACCCAGCAUGACAGAUUCUCUGAGGUCUCUCGCAUGCCUUUCCUGCAGGAGAAACUCCCUCUCAACUUGGUCAAAAGCGGACAGCUUUUGGUAUUGACGCAACAAAGAUUUUUGCAUCAUUCAGAUCUAGCAUGACAAGUUUUAAUCUUCCAGACCCAGACAUUUUUACAAUCCAUAAGGGUGUUGCUCAAGCAGAAGUUCUCCGAGGUCCAGUGGUUGGCCAUUUUUCUGCUGCUCCUUUCCAUCGUCAUCUCGCAGAUGAUAUCAAAUGCAAAUGCGUCUGGGUCUGGGACGAGAUUGCGAGAUUUGUCAUGCUAGUCUGGCAUGACUCUGAACUCUGUAUUGCGUGCCCGCGAAGGGGUCCUCUUGUCUGUAGUCAUGCAAACACGCAAUUUCUCAUGCGGAGUGCGCAACUCUAAACCACGGAAAAACUUGUCGUGCUGAGGAGCGCAUCACAGUGUUCUGACUAUUCCCUCCCCUGCAUCACAAGUUUCCAGACCCAGACAUAUUUGCAGUGCAUAGAUGAAAUUUUUGCUCCAGAUCGGCACCGAAACUUGCCCGCUGCAGCGGCUUCUGCGUGAUAUGGCGUUCUCAAAUGUUACAUUCUCAACUGUUACAUGAGUUUGUAAUGCAAGGACGGCAAAAAGUGAAUGGGGGAAGCUUGCGCCUUUUGCAUUACAGAUUUGGCACUGAUUUACAUGCUGUUUAGCCCCUUCGGAGAUUUGUCAUGCGAAGCAGCUUAAUGGUGGCGAUCUUGGACUUGGUGGCAAAUUUGCAUGACAAAUCAUGUAAGAAUGUAGCAUUUGAGAAUCCCAUACGUGAGGUGGAUAAUUUGGAUCUUUUCUAUAGUUCUGCUGCAGGAACUGGAACUGGAACUACACCAUCAUCAACGGACCACGACCACGACCACAUCGACAGUUCCUCUUAUUUCCCGUUUUAUUUUUCCCGCAAUUUUUUCCAUCCCCUUCACUCUUCCCUCGGGGAAGUUGUACAUGAACUAGCUCCAUCAUCAACGACAAGAAAUCUCGACGUUCUUCAGAGUUCUUCUGUGGAGGUUGUCGUGCCCACAAGAACAUCAAUAAACCCCGCCGCUGCACCAGCGCUCGCCUCUUCAUCUUCUCUGAUGUUGUCACCAGCAGUGGCACGACUAGCGGAAGGAGGUAGUUCUCUAAUAACUGCAGCUACUACCGCCGGGAUCACAAUGCUGGCAAACAGGAGUGCAGCACCCCGCCGUCUCCUGCCGACUACACGACAGCACGGCGAGCAGCCGGAAGGUACAAGUAAAACUACAAGUUUAUUUUCUGAGGAAAUACAACCACUCAGCGGAGGUGGAACGACAGAAGAGGAGUUAGCUUGGUGGCCUUUCUUGGAGCUUGGUGGCCUUUCUUGGAGGGGUAGUCUGGUGGAGGCGUGCGCCCUGAACAAGAGGGCGGAGUGCCUCCGAAAAGUAGCGAGCUGGAAUAAGCUUAAAUGGCGAGCACGCCGCGAGACUCGCACGUGCAUGCGAAGUAGACAACUGGCACAGAAAGACUUUCGCUGCUUUGGCUGCAAGCACGUCCACGGCGCUACAAAGGUGCCGCACCUGUUGCCCGCGCGCGGGCGCUGUGUGAAGUUGCGGCCACCCUAGGUGGCCGCCUACGUUAAGGCGUGGCGCCGCGCCCCCCCCGGGGGACGCAGAGCGGCGCAUUCACUUUGAACAGCCGCCCUGGUCUGCAGAGAGUCAAAAGACUUGCAGACCAUAAGCUUUAGGCCCCAGCUGGCUUCGCUCCUACUUUAAGACACAGGCACUGCGCGCAGGCGGGCGAACUGCAUUGGGGGGGCGGUUCCGGUAGAGGUUCAGGGAGAGGGUCCGGGAGAGGGUCGGGGAGAGGGUCAGAGAGGUUCCGGGAGAGGGUCCGGGAAAGGUUCGGAGAGGGUCGCGAAGAGGGUCCGGGAGAGGGUCGGAGAGGUCCCGAGAGGGUCCGCCGAGAGGUAGAGUAGAGGUUCCCGGAGAGGGUCGCGGUAGAGGGUCGCAUAGAGGGUCGCCCUAUAUUGUGGAACCUCUCCGACCCUCUAUGCGACCCUCUACCGCGACCCUCUACUCUCAUGAUUGCCAAACUCGUCAUGAUUGCUCUUUCCAAAAAUGUCCGCCACUGUCGUUCCUCGCUGAUGACCAUGCCUUCCAAUCCCCCUUUUUUUUAUCCAACAAAAAGCUUUGUUUUGGGCUAGUCAGCUUGGACGCCAGGGCACAAGGAGACAGGUAUAGUGACACAGCCGCCAAGACAUAGCAGAGGCGAACGGAGUCGAAGACAGCGCCAGCCUCUUGGGUGCCCGCUUUCUUUGCGUAGCAAGAUCGUGCGCACCCUGGCUGUGUCUUCCCAAGCGUGACGGGGUGGAGCGAUUACGUACCUACGAGGAUGAGGAGCCUCGGCUUGCUAAUACAUCAUUGCGGACGGCCCCGCAUUGAUGUCGGACAAGUCCCGAAGACGCAUGUUGAUCACGUUGAACCGCGGCGGAGGAGGAGAUGAGCAGAGACCUAACUUAAUCCUCCUUGAACACUAGGAUCUGCACUACUUCUCUUUGCUUAUGGUUUAUAGUUGAUCUCAUACUAAAAAAAAGGUGGAACGACAGAAGAGGAGUUAGCUCGUGCCAAAGGUGGAGGACGUAGAAGAACUUCUUCUCCAGCCGGUGCAAAGAAACAAGGAGAAGAGGAGAAAUUUGAUGAGCAGGUUUCUCCACGUUUUUAUCAACUACCCUCGUCCUCCGCGACGAAGUGGAGCGAGACGAGCUCCAAUAGUAAAAGUAAAACCAGGACGAGAGAUGGUACGGCUAGCAGAACAACAGGAGAACAGCCGGGCAGCACAAAAAGCAUCGGAGGUAGUAGAAGUACAGCGACGCUAAUAUCAAAUAGCGUCGUCGACGAGGUGCAAGAACAGCCUGCAAAUUAUAACUCCUCGCCAGCUUUUGUCGGAGAAGAUGUUGUAUCAAGUGCAAAAGUAUCGUACUCGUAGUAAUUGCAUUUAUGCAUUACAAAUCUCUUUCUCAAGGUCAAUCAGCAUUGCAAAUUCAAUUUGUAAUGCUGGGGGAAUUUGUAAUGCAAUUUAUACUAGUACGAUGCUUUGCAUUGCAUAUGUUGUUUCUGGGCGCCGCCGCGUAGCCGCGGAGGUAUCAAAUGCAAAAAUGUCUGGGUCUGGAAGAAUGCAACUUGUGAUGCUGAAUUUGGAUUCCAAAAAAAUCUGUAUUGCAUGAGCAGCAAAGGGAAUGUAAUUUCUGCUACGCGGAGAGGGCAUUUGUCAUGCGGAAUAGGCAUUGCGAAGCCCUCAAAAAAUCUGUGGUGCUAGGGCAUGCAUCACAGACAUCAUUGCCCAUGCAAAACAUGCAUGACAUUGUCAUGACAAGUCUCAGAAUCUUCCAGACCCAGACACUUUUGCAUUUGAUAGGAGGACGCUGAUGGCAAAGGUGAAAGUAAGGAGCAUAUUAAGCAGGAUAAGAAUCCCAUGCAGGGAAAAAAGUGUUAAUACAGUUACACGUUUGCAAUGCAGUUGAAUGCAGCAUCACAAUAAGUUUGCCUCGCAUGACGGAGAAAACUUGUAAAAAUGCAGAGAUCAUAAGGCAAAGCUAUACACACACGAAACGAGACUCGCAAGCAUUUUGCGCAUAACAGAGGUCGUCUGUCUAUGUCUUGCGUGUUUUGCAUACACUUCUACGUGUGUAGUAAGUGUAACAUUUUUUUCUUUGCAUAAAUACUCAGCAGCAGGACCACGAGGUCGUCCACCACGGAGGUGCUGAUGCACCGGACAACAGGCAAAAGCAAGAACAUAUCAUAACGCAGCUGCAGGAGCCAUUAACAAAGAACUACGAGCAGGGACCCGGCGCCGGCCGCGACGGGAAAAUAAAAAGUCCCGCCGGUUCCACCUCCCCGCGGGACGAAGAUCGCGAGGAAGUUGCAAACUUGCUCUUGGGGCUUCCUCUCCUACUCGUUUCCACCGUUCUCUCCGGGUUCUAUGCUGAGCAAAAACGCGGCCCACGCCCCAGAGUCGAGUAGAUCCGGGUUUUGCAACACAAAUCCAGGAGUUUUGGGAGUGAUGCAUGACAAGUUUGUCUUUGUAGUGUAGUGCAGGCUAGCAAGCGCAAACGCAUCACAAAGCCGUCUCCUUAUCCUGUUUCGAGCAUCAGAAAUUCCAAAACACGAUUGCAAGAAAUGCUUCUCAUGCAGAUGCGCCUUACAAAUGUGCCGCUCAUUGGAAUUCUGCAUUACAACUCUGGGCGGGCGGUGGUGGCGUUUUUACAAAUGAUAGGCUCGCGGGCAUCCUCAACGAGUGGCUAUUGAAAGCGGUCGACGAGUAUGACAUGCUCAUUUGUGUUGCAUGACGAGCAUGACAGACUCGGACAACAUUCCACUUUCUGCAAUACAAAUUUCGCCAGAUACAACUUGUAGUGCGGUUUGGGACCACUCCGGAACUUGUCAUGCGCAAUCCUAUCAGAGUUGGCUACAUAAUGCACCUCUUGCAUCACAGAUUUCGAUAUUCUAUGGUAACCGAUUUGAGAUUGUAACAGCACUUGAGCAGGUUAUAACGAGGACGUGACUUUUUUGCGCAAAAAUGUGUAUACCUACCAGUGGGGCUGCCUCUUCAACUCCGGCGCGGCGGUCCUGCCCCUGCUUUACCAGGCUUGGGGUGCGUAUGAACUGCAAAAGUAUCGCACUCGUAUUUUUGCAAUCAUGCAUGACAAAUCGUUUUGUUACAGGUACAUCCGCAUUACAAAUUUUGUUUCUCAUGCGGAGAAAAUUUGUAAUGCAUUUCUAGGAGUAUCAGAUACUUUUGCAGUUCAUAGUGCGGCCACAUCAACAACUCCAGCAUCUCCUGCAGCAAUUCUAUAUCAAAUGCAAAAAUCCCUGGAUGUCUGGAAGAGUGCUCGACUUGUCAUGCAGCUUUUCCAUCACCCAUGACGUCUGGAAUGCAGGACCUAGCAUGACAGAUUCUGUGCGAUCUCUCUCAUGCCUAUCCUGUCGAUGAGAAACUCCCUCCCGACUUGGUCAACAAAACUGGACGACUUUUGGUAAUCAUGCAACACAGAUUUUUGCAUGCUUCAGAUUUAGCAUGACAAGUUGCAUUCUUCCAGACAUCCAGGGACUUUUACAUUUGAUAUUCUAGUACCCGGUCGUAGUUCCCAGACUGGAGGACCUCCCGCGGCGGGUCGUGACCAAGAACCCGAGCAGGAGCUUCAGCCCUACUUAGUGAAUUUACCCGGUACCGCGUGGCCCUACAUUUUGACCAAUGUCGCCCUGGGCCUCAGCGUGAGUGGCAUCCUGAUAUGAAUUGCAAAAGUAUCGUACUCGUAUAAAUGCAUAUACAAAUUUCCUCAGCAUGAGAAAUAAAAUUUGUAAUGCAGAUCUGCCUUGGGAACAAGAUCUGUAAUGCAAGACUUGCAUUUAUACGAGUGCGAUACUUUCGCACAGGAUACCUGAAGUAUUACGACAACAUCGUGAAAAAUUUCGCGAACGUCGGGGUGAUGUUGCUGGUGAGCUUCGUCUAUCAACUGCAAAUAGGUCUGGGUUAACUGGAAGGAUGCGAACUUGUCAUGCACGUUUUGCAUGAGCCAUGAUCGAUCUGUGACGUAGUACGCCCUAGCAUCAGAGAGUUUUUUAGGGCGUCCUCUUGAUGCCUAUCCCGCACUACAAAUGCCCACCUCUUCGCGUAUCAAGAGUUGGACUCCUUCUGCGGCUCAUGCAAUACAGAUUUUUUUAGAAUCCAAACCCAGCAUCACAAGUUGCACUCUUCUAGACAUCCAGGGAUGCUUGCAUUUGAUAUCGUCUCCUGGCUCGUGUUCGCGAAGAAAAUUGACGCGGGCUUCGUGUUAUAUGAAAAUGAAAAAUCCCCCCUCCCCAUACCGAAAGGGAGAUUUGUGUAGCAUGAUUUGUGACCACAAAUCAUGUUGUCAUGCUAGAAGGGAAGAGAUGCGGAUUGUAGUGCUGGCUGGCGUAGGAAAGCCUUGCGCCUUUAGCAUGACACAAAGCAACUGGAAACGGAAAACAGCAUGACAAAUUGCCUGCAAACGAGGGAGCAGCUGCGUCUCUUGGCCUUCUAGCAACACAAUUCGAUUUGUGUACUCAAAUACAGCAACACAAAUUUCAUUUUGGAUAUGGGGAGGGGGGAUUUGUCCUCACAAUAUGUUAGGAUUUUUAGUCUACACCGUGGCCAGCUACGAGUACGUCCGAUUCCCCGAGGAUCCGGAAGCAGCGAUGAAAAAAAAUAGGAAAACCGACCACGAACCUGUCCCAACCGCCGAGGAGGCAGUCGACGAGGAGGAGGACGACAGCCAAGUAAUAAUAUGAAUUGCAAAACAAGUAUCGUACUCGUCCUCGUCGUAUAAAUGCAUUACAAAUUAUUUCCUCAGCACGAGAAAUGGAAUUCGUCAUGCUGAUUUGCCUUGGCAACAAGAUUUGUAAUGCAAGUAGACUUGCAUUUUUUAUACGAGUGCGAUACUUUUCUUGCACGGGAUAAAUAGAAGUGGACGUCGAGGACUCGGUAUCCGACAAGUAGGAAAAGCUCGCUGUGUAUCAAAUGCAAAAAUGUCUGGGUCUGCAAGGUUGGAAUUUGUGAUGCUAACUUUGGAUGCUAAAAAAAUCUGUAUUGCAUGACCAGCAAGAGGAUCCCAGUUUAUGCUACGCGGGGAGGGCAUUUGUCAUGCGGGGUAGGCAUCAGGAAGGCCUCUAAAAAUAUGUGAUGCUAGAUCAUGCAUUACAGACAUCUGAGUCAUGCAAAAUAUGCAUGACAAACCUGGAAAGCUUCCAGACCCAGACACUUUUGCAAUGCAUACUGUGGCUCCUGUGGCUUAUAUGACUAGCAGUUUUAACAACUGCAGCUGCACCCUUGAAAAUGUAUAUAAUAUCUUCCUACUUCUACACAGAAUAGUUGUGUAUCAGGUAAUAUUCAAUGUUGUAGCGGGAGGCUAUACGGUAAUCCGUAUGCGGAAUGGUUGAUAUUUAAAAAAAUACAAAAAAAAGGCGCGCAAAAUAAAUUAUUUACAGCUUUCGGCAAAUACAACUUUGUUGAUGACCUGAUAUUCUUUCGCGACGUGUCAGGUUCCUGUUUUAAACGAGGAGGCAAAGUCCUCCCGGGUAGUUUUUCUCAGUCCUCCCGGGUAGUGUGCCCAACUCUGUGCCCGCCGUCCCACGUCACCGUCGCCCUGUGUUCAGGCGUUAUUCGCGGUCCUUUGCGUACGUCUGCCCUGCUCCGGGCCGCGCACUUGUGGUUGACCCCGCGCCGAGGCCUAUGCGGCACUACUAGUUCACUUCGGCCGCGUAUUUGCGGUUGACCCUGCGCAGAGGCCUAGACGGCGCCACUGGUUCACUUCAGCCGCACGGGCUCCAUGAAUGUGUUGCGGCUUGGGACGAAAGGACACCACGGCGAGCUCCCUGCCUGCGGCAGCGGGGCCGACUGCGCGGCGGGCCCCCGCUGCGUUUCCCCUGUUGCGGGCGCGGAGCGAUGUACGCGACAAGAGCCCUUGCAUGCGAGUGGGAAAGGAAGGCGGGGGACCCCGAACAACACGGGGGCCCCCCGCGACCAGGUGAAAAAGGCGGGGGGCCCCCUUGGGUACCAAAGGCGGAGGCCGGGGGCCCCCCGCGCGCGGGAGAGAAAGGCGUGGGGCCCCCUUGGGUGCCCCCGGCCUCCAAAGGUGGAGGCCGAGGGCCCCCUGCGGGCGGGAGAAAUUUACCGCGGAGAAGGACGGGGCCCCCCCCGGCCUCCGGCGGGCGGCCCGGCUGGGAGAAGGGCGGGGGCCCCCUGCGGAGGCGGAAGCGCGGGGGCCCCCUGCGGACGCGGGAUGCCCAGCGGGCGGUAAGGCGGGACGGAGGCGGGGGCCCCCUGUUUCACCAGGCAGGCGGCCCGGGAGAAGGGCGGGGGCCCCCUGUGGAGGCGGAAGGGCGGGGCCCCCUGCGGACGCGGGAUACGCAGCGGGUGAGAGGGCGGGAGGCGGGGGCCCCCUGCUUUCCCCGAUGGUAUGCGCGACACAAAAAUAGUAACACUCAUCGUAGCAUCGUGAAUACAAAUCUAGGCCUCAGCACGUACCGGCCUCUCUUUAUUAAACGAGGAGGCAAAGUCCUCCCGGGUAGUUUUUCUCAGGUCUAAGCUGCAAACUGAAUCUGUAGUGCCUCUGAUUGAUUUAGCCGCAGAGUAAGUAUGUUUAAUAUUCUUGAAGUAGCGCUAGCGUCGUGGUGAGAAGAAAGCACAGCUUUCAUUUUUCACCGGAAGAACGCCAACGACUUCCAUUCAGAACAAACAAACAAAGGUCAGCAGUGAUUGUUUCUUUACUGUUUAGUGAAUUCAUUUGAACAUUUCAUUUUCGGCAAUUUUUUUGAGUGUAGUUGCGCAGUUGGAUAUUUAUAUUGUCAUACAUCUUGUUGUAGAUGUUGAACUUCUUCUUCUACUCUCCGCGACUUUGGUGUAGUGAAAUGCAAAUGCUGGCAAUAAAGGUAGAGAAUUAUAUUGAAGAGAUGUUGAAGGUCAUCGUGCCCGACAUCACUGCGAUGAAAGAGCGCCAUCACUUCGCAUCCGGUGUCUUUGCAAAGAUCGGCCAGAUUUGUGCAUUCACAAUCAGGAAUUCAAGCACUUCGACUCAUUUUCCCCUGCUGUAUUCUGGGACUUUGUGAAACAGACCGCAGGUGGGUCGAAAACCCACUGUAUACGAGUGGGGUGUGCGCAUUAUCUAUACGGACUCGAGCCUGUCGAUGCAGUUUUGCGCCAUUGUAGAUGGUCCGCGGAGGAUUUACUCUGCUACUACAACCGUAUGGCGCUGUAGCUCUUGGCCGAAAUUAUAU